GAAAUCUAAAGGGUGUAAAUACGUCAGCCACACGAAGAAGCUAGGGAAGAGGAUUCUAGCAGAGGAUUUGGAAAACGUGAAGUUCUCUAGGCAGCAAAGGGCAUUGUUCAAGGAACAGUCUGAAGGCCAGUGUGAAUGGAAAAGAGUGAACCAGGCAAAAAUGAAGAAUACAAAGUUCUAUACCAGAGUCGAUUGUUGAUGGCACAUACUUUUAGACGAUGCUCACUGGCACUUAUUUUUAUAACCAUGUGGCUGUUGAUUAAAGCAAAAAUAGAUGAGUGCAAGAGAGGCGAUGUGACUGUGAAGCCUUCCCGUGUAAUUUUACUUGGAUCCACUGUCAAUAUUUCAUGUUCUUUGAAGCCCAGACAAGGCUGCUCGCCCUAUUCCAGACGUAACAAGUUAAUCCUGUACAAGUUUGACAGAAGAAUCAAUUUUCACCAUGGCCACUCCCUCAAUGCUCAAGUCACAGGUCUUCCCCUCGGUACAACCUUGUUCGUCUGCAAACUGGCCUGUAUCAAUAGUGAUGAAAUUCAAAUAUGUGGAGCAGAGAUCCUAGUUGGUGAUGUCAAGGUGGCCACGGUCCUUAGGAUAAUGUGUGGAACUGCCCUGGGGAGCCAAGAUGACAGCAGGAAAGUAGUACAUAAAACAUCUUGCUACACAUGGUUAUGUUUUGUUUACAGGUUAAGUGGACCAAAAAAUUUAACCUGGCAGAAGCAAUGUAAAGAUCAUUAUUGUGACUAUUUGGACUUUGGAAUCAACCUCACCCCUGAGUCACCUGAAUCCAAUUUCACAGCCAAGGUUACUGCUGUCAAUAGUCUUGGAAGCUCCUCUUCAUUUCCAUCCACAUUCACAUUCUUGGACAUAGUGAGGCCUCUUCCUCCGUGGGACAUUAGAAUCAAAUUUCAAAAGGCUUCCUCCGUGAGCAGAUGCACCCUUUAUUGGAGAGAUGAGGGACUGGUACUGCUUAAUCGACUCAGAUAUCGGCCCAGUAACAGCAGGCUCUGGAAUAUGGUUAAUGUUACAGAGGCCAGAGGAAGACAUGAUUUGCUGGAUCUGAAACCAUUUACAGAAUAUGAAUUUCAGAUUUCCUCUAAGCUACAUCUUUAUAAGGGAAGUUGGAGUGAUUGGAGUGAAACAUUGAGAGCACAAACACCAGAAGAAGAGCCUACUGGGAUGUUAGAUGUCUGGUACAUGAAACGACACAUUGACUACAGUAGACAACAGAUUUCUCUUUUCUGGAAGAAUCUGAGUGUCUCAGAGGCAAGAGGAAAAAUUCUCCACUAUCAGGUGACCUUGCAGGAGCUGACAGGAGGGAAAGUUAUGACACAGAACAUCACAGGACACACCUCCUGGACCACAGUCAUUUCUAGAACCGGAAAUUGGGCUGUGGCUGUGUCUGCAGCAAAUUCAAAAGGCAGUUCUCUGCCCACUCGUAUUAACAUAAUGAACCUGUGUGAGGCAGGGUUGCUGGCUCCUCACCAGGUGUCUGCAAACUCAGAGAGCAUGGACAGCAUUCUGGUGACUUGGCAGCCUCCCAGGAAAGAUCUCUCUGCUGUUCAGGAGUACGUGGUGGAAUGGAGACAGCUCCAUCCAGGGGAUGACACACAGAUCCCUCUAAACUGGCUGCGGAGUCCCUCCUACAAUGUGUCUGCUCUGAUUUCAGAGAACAUAAAACCCUACACCUGUUAUGAAAUCCGUGUGUAUGCACUCUCAGAGGAUCAAGGAGGAUGCAGCUCCAUCCUGGGUAACUCUAAGCACAAAGCACCACUGAGUGGCCCCCAUAUUAAUGCCAUCACAGAGGAAAAGGGGAGCAUUUUAAUUUCAUGGAACAGCAUUCCAGUCCAGGAGCAAAUGGGCUGCCUCCUCCAUUACAGGAUAUACUGGAAGGAACGGGACUCCAACUCCCAGCCUCAGCUCUGUGAAAUUCCCUACAGAGUCUCCCAAAAUUCACAUCCAAUAAACGGCCUGCAGCCCCGAGUGACAUAUGUCCUGUGGAUGACAGCUUUGACAGCUGCUGGCGAAAGUUCCCAAGGAAAUGAGAGGGAAUUUUGUCUGCAAGGUAAAGCCAAUUGGAUGGCAUUUGUGGCACCAAGCAUUUGCAUUGCUAUCAUCAUGGUGGGCAUUUUCUCAACGCAUUACUUCCAGCAAAAGUUAUCUGUUUUCCUAGCGGCCCUCAGACCUCAGUGGUGUAGCAGAGAAAUUCCAGAUCCAGCAAAUAGCACUUGCGCUAAGAAAUAUCCCAUUGCAGAGGAGAAGACACAGCUGCCCUUGGACAGGCUCCUGAUAGACUGGUCCAUGCCUGAAGAUCCUGAACCCCUGGUCAUCAGUGAAGUCCUUCAUCAAGUGACCCCAAUUGUCAGACGUCCCCACUGCUCCAACUGGCCACAAAGGGGAAAAGGAAUCCAAGGUCAGCAGGCCUCAGAGAAAGACAUGAUGCACACUGCCUCAAGCCCACCACCUCCAAGAGCUCUCCCAGCUGAGAGCAGACAACUGGUGGAUCUGUACAAGGUGCUGGAGAGCAGGGGUUCCUACCCAAAGCCAGAAAACCCAGCCAGUCCCUGGACGGUGCUCUCAGCGGGCAACCUUCCCACCCACGAUGGCUACUUACCCUCCAACAUAGAUGACCUCCCCUCACAUGAGGUGCCUCUCACUGACUCUCUGGAAGAACUGGAGCCUCAGCACAUCUCCCUUUCUGUUUUCCCCUCAAGUUCUCUUCACCCACUCACCUUCUCCUAUGGUGAUAAGCUGACUCUGGAUCAGUUAAAGAUGAGGUGUGACUCCCUCAUGCUCUGAGUGGUGAGGCUUGGAGCUUUAAAGUCAGUGUGCCCCCAACCAGCACAGCCUGUCCCAAUUCCCCCGGCCCCUGCUCCAGCGGCUGUCAUCUCUGGGUACCGCCAUCAGUCUGGCUGCAGCUAGAGGACAGUCAAGCCAGCUCUGGGGGAGUCUUAGGAACUGGGAGUUGGUCUUCACCCAGAUGCCUCAUCUUGCCUUUCCCAGGGCCUUAAGAUGACAUCCUUCACUGUGUGGACCUAGA